AUGUGCAACCUGAGAGGCGAGGAUAUGCGGCGAGAGGGAGUGGGCAUCGCAGUCUGGUGGUGGGGUUGGCCCGGGGUCCCAGGUGCGUCCGAGCAGCGCUGCCCGUUGGGGGACUUCCCAAGGACCCCGGGUUCUAUUGUGGAUGUUAUUGUUGGGAAAGACGAAAAAGGCAGAAAGAUUCCAGAAUAUCUAAUCCAUUUUAAUGGUUGGAACAGAAGCUGGGAUAGGUGGGCAGCUGAAGAUCAUGUCCUUCGAGAUACUGACGAAAAUCGGAGAUUACAGCGGAAACUGGCAAGAAAAGCUGUAGCUCGCCUAAGCACAGGAAGAAAAAAGAAGCGCUGCCGAUUGCCUGGUGUCGAUUCUGUCUUAAAAAGCCUCCCCGUUGAAGAAAAAGAUAAAAGUGAUGAAAACUCUGUAAGCACUUCCUCUGGUGACAGCAGUGAAGAAAAGGAUGGAGCAAUAAGUGAAGAAAGUGACAUUGAAGAAAAGACUGAAGUGAAGGGACAACUGGAGCCGCGCAGGAAAAGGGCGAUGGACGAAAGGGCAAUCACUAUAGACAUCCCCGACGUUCUGAAGAAGAAGUUGGAGGACGAUUGCUACUACAUCAACAGGAGGAAACGGUUAGUGAAACUUCCGUGCCAGACCAACAUCAUCACGAUCUUGGAAUCGUACGUGAAGCAUUUCGCUAUCAAUGCAGCCUUUUCUGCUACUGAGCGGCCCCGGCAUCAUCACGCGAUGGCCCAAGCCAGCAUGAAUGUGAAUUACAUCCCGGCAGAAAAGAACGUUGACCUUUGCAAGGAGAUGGUGGACGGAUUAAGAAUAACCUUUGAUUAUACUCUCCCGUUGCUUUUGCUGUACCCAUACGAACAAGUUCAGUAUAAAAAGGUGACUUCGUCCAAAUUUUUUCUUCCCAUUAAGGAAAGUGCCACCAGCACCAGUAGAUCUGUUCCUUCCGAAGAAACACCCGUGCAUAGCAGAUCCUCCUCACCUGUCCCCGUGACCCCCAGCAAGGAAGGCAGCGCGGUGUUCGCCAGCUUCGAAGGCAGAAGGACUAAUGAGAUCAAUGAGGUCCUCUCCUGGAAACUUGUACCCGAGAGUUACCCUCCGGGCGACCAGCCGCCUCCGCCCUCUUACAUUUAUGGGGCGCAACACUUGCUGCGAUUGUUUGUGAAACUUCCAGAAAUCCUUGGAAAGAUGGCCUUUUCUGAGAAGAACCUGAAGGCUUUACUGAAGCACUUUGAUCUCUUUCUGAGGUUUUUAGCAGAGUACCAUGACGACUUCUUCCCAGAGUCUGCCUAUGUCGCCGCCUGUGAGGCGCACUACAGCACUAAGAACCCCAGGGCCAUGUACUAGCGGCCGUGGCUCUGCAAGAAUAGCUUCUCUGCGGAGCUCUGCGCUCUUGCUCCCCAGGGGAGAGCUGGGGAGCCGGUGAGAGAGGCGAUGCCCACCCUAGGGGGGGGCACUACAGAGACGGGCCCAGUUCUUUGAGUUACUACAUCCUGUAGUUAUUUCUCUUAAGUAGUACUUUUUUGAUGCCUGAACAGCCUGCAACAUCUGACCCCAGCCACUGCACGCGCCACCUGUGGCGGCCGAAGAGAGCAGCCGUGUCCCUAGUGAGAUGUUAGGAGAAAUGCGCGCAGGUCAGGCUGUUUCAGUAGGAAUUGGCAUUAUUAGCAGUAACCCCCCUUUUUAGUUCUUCGUUAGCACUAAGCAAAAUGGUUUUUGCAAACCUCUUCUUAGAUGAUAACUGAGCAACUCAAAUAAGUUUUCGUUUUGCUCGGAAACUGCCAAGUCGUCCCCGAAAAUUUUAGAAGGAAUUGCUGUUGAAGGCCAAAGAAAAGGGGCAGCUAGACAUUUGCUUGCCGUUCCUUUUCUGUAGAAGCUUAUUUUGGGUGAUCUAAAGAAAGCCUUGCCUGACUUGUUUGAGAUUUUACAGUUCUACUCCGUUGUGUAAUGUGCCGCUUCCCGUUCUGUGAGAUGUUAUUUUUGAGGUCCUAAAUAAAGCCGAGCCCGUCUUGUUGGAAGGAGCCAGGAGAGAGUUGGCAGUCUGGCCUUGUCCUUUCUUUAGUGCAAAGAACAGUCAGGUCACUUCUUGGCUCUUAACUUCU